AUGGCAGAAGAGAUUAUUCGCCCGUGUGCAGCGUGCAAGCAUCAUCGUCGAAGGUGUGACGAAGCAAGCUGCAACCUAGCUCCUUACUUUCCAGCGGACAAUCCGCAACGUUACAACCUUGUACAUUCUGUGUUUGGAAGGAGCAAAGUGUCCAAAAUAUUGCAAGAACAAGACAUUUCCCAUCGCAAACAAGUCGCUGAUUCUUUGGUGUAUCAGGCUGAGGCGCGUUUGAGGGACAAUGUUUAUGGCGUUGUUGGUCCUGCAUCCUUUCUUGAAAAGACGUUGAAGGAUGUUCAAGAUGAACUCAAGAAGGUGAAGAAUGAACUGAUUAAAUACCUUGAUCCUGAAAUCAUUCAAGAGGUUCUGUCCAAUCCUGAUCGUUUCGGCUUUGCACCAAGCCCUAAUCAAAAUCCACAAGGACAUCUUGUUUCUCAGCAGCCGCCAACUUUAGAUCAGUUGACGACUUCUCAGAUCAUUCACUUACUGCAAUUGAAAGAAAAUAUUGUUAGGUCCGACACCGGGAUCAACUCUAGUGGUGGUGGUGGUGGAGAAGGACAACAUAUUGGUGCUCCUGCUGCUGAUGCUGUCAUUGCUCCUUCUUUUGACAAUGGCAGCACUAGCAGUUGCCAGAUUCAAUUGCAGGGGGAACAACAACAAGUUCAGCAACAACCUGAUCAACAAGAAUAG